AUGUCGCCACCUCUCGCGUGCCAGCGCGAGCGCGACGAGCUCGCACAGUGCGUUCUGCGGACAGACUGCGUCCUCAAGCAGGGCAAGACGCCCAAGGAGUGCCUGAGCAACAAGGACAACCUCCCUGUGCAGUGCCAGCACCUCCUCGCCUCCUUCUCGGACUGCAGGCGCGGAAUGCUCGACAUGCGCCGCCGCUUUCGCGGAAACCACCUGAGCGAAGAGGCCAAGCACGGCGGCGGGGACGCGGCGCUCGGGGCCAAGCAGUAA